UGGUGACUGGGACACCUGGCCCGUUUAUCUGGACUUUCACCCUGCCUUCGUCCACAUUUCUCUCGAACCUUUCUCAUUCCCAGUCAAUGCGCUCGGUGCGCUGCUUUGGACUCGAGGACCCCAUGCUCAUUCAUACUUUUCAAACAGGCCUCUCCUGAUUGCCUCCGAGCGGUCAACUUUUCUUUCCGCUUCACGCCGUCCGUCCGUCGCGGUCCGCAAAUCAAUUGAAUAAUGGCUGCCUACUACGAGGCCCAGGGCUGGCAGGCCCCUCCCACACGCCAGGCUUCCUGGGAACAACCAGUUCCUCCGUCGCGGUCAGGAUCAAGCUCCGUUUCCCAGCGCGAGGAGGUCCCGGCUUUCUCUUCUCAAUUCGAUGAGGUUGACCGUGCGAUCGAUAACCUCGUCAAGAGCGGAAAGCUUUGGGCUGCGCCUCGGAGAGAUUCGAUGCCCAUGAUGAUGGGUCGCCCAUAUCCCGACUAUGAUCCGCGCAUGGCCGGUGCGAUGUCGCAGCGUCAUCACUCGAUCAGCGAGUUCGACUCUCGGAUGCACCCGAAUCCCUCUCUCCAAGGUUUCUAUGCCUCGCAGCGAUUCCAGGGUCGCCCCAAUGAAGUGGAGCAGAUGAUGCAAGCGAAGCGUCGGAUGGCAGCACAGCGUGAGAGGGAGCUCCGCAACUAUCACCAGGAGCAACAGUACAACCGAAGCCUGCUUGCCGAAAUGUCUGGAAACAAGUCCGAUCGCUCGCUCAGCCCAGCCGCCAUGAACGAGGAAAGUCGCCGAGAGCUUCUGGCUCGUCAGCAUAGGGCCCUGUACGGCAACGACAGCCCCGCCUUCUUUCCCCCUGGCAGCCUGACCGAUGAGAACCCUCGCUCCGACAGCCAGGCUGGUGGUACCCCGACUUCUGCUACUGGAGUUCGUGGCCCAUCCCCCCGCGGCGCCGACCCCUUCGGCCUCGCCCAGACUCCGGUCCAAGGAAGCGUGGAUGGGGUGUCUCCGGCUGCUGCCGGCGCGGCCUCCCUCCAGUCUCCCUCGCGCGCCAACAGCACCUCUUCCCCCAGCUCUGCCAUCAACCCGGUGUUUGGCAAAUACGAGACGUCUGACCAGCCCGGAACUUCGACCUCGUCUCCCGGUGGCGCCGAUUCCCCUUCGUCGAGACAGGCCUCGUCCAAGGCGGCGGCCGGGCCCAUCGGAUCGGUGGGUCCCAUUGGCAGUCGGCCUCUUCAACAGACCGGCGCCGGUCAGGCCUCCAACCCGGCCCUGAACAAGCGCUCUACGACUCCCCUUCCGUCUCCUUUGGGAUUCGGCUUCACCUCGGGUGAUGCUACGGCAGCCGACCGCACGUCGUCGGUCUCCAACCCCUCCACCACCGCUGCGGCGACCGCCGGCGUCAAGGACACUACUGGCGGUGGUGUUUCCCUUGGCUGGGGUAACGGCAGUGGCGUGUGGGGAUCGAAGAACGGCUUGGGUGUGCAGGCCUCUGUCUGGGGCUAAGUGGCAGCCCAUAG